ACAUAACGCCAUUUUUAUCAGAGAAAAGAGUAUCUAAAAUCUCCCCAAAUCUUCGAAAUUUCAUUUCCUAGGGUUCUCUCUGGAUUCCCUAUUUUCCAAAUCGGUAUUGUUAGGGAUUUGACGCUAAUCCGGAUCGGGUAACGAACCGGAAGAUGAUAGACAAUUGCUUGGGAGCUCAAAGAUCUAGAAAGAUCCAGAGAACUCUCCGUCAUUGCAAGGUCACCAUCCUCUGCCUCGUCCUCACCGUCGUCGUCUUACGUGGCACUAUCGGAGCCGGUAAAUUCGGGACUCCGGGCCAGGACUUCGUCGAGAUCCGGGACCACCUCUAUUCCCGGAAACAAGGCGAACCGCAUCGCGUCCUCAAAGAAGUCCAAACGACGUCGUCAGAUAACCACGACGGCGCCGACACCAACGCCGGCACCAAUAACUACAACGAGUUCGACAUAAAUAAGAUCUUAAUCGACGAGGAACCAGACGUCUCGAAACGCGAUCCCAACGCGCCCUAUUCGCUCGGGCCCAAAAUCUCCGAUUGGGACGAGCAACGCUCUAGAUGGCUGCAAGACAACCCUAAUUACCCAAAUUUCAUCGGUCCAAACAAGCCGAGGGUUCUCUUAGUCACUGGUUCAUCUCCCAAACCUUGUGAGAACCCUGUCGGCGAUCAUUACUUAUUGAAAUCGAUCAAGAACAAAAUCGAUUAUUGUAGAUUACACGGGAUCGAGAUAUUUUACAACAUGGCGCUGUUGGAUGCUGAAAUGGCAGGGUUUUGGGCGAAAUUGCCGUUGAUUCGAAAGCUUUUGCUCUCGCAUCCGGAGGUGGAAUUCUUGUGGUGGAUGGAUAGUGACGCCAUGUUUACUGAUAUGGCAUUUGAGGUUCCUUGGGAAAGGUAUAAAGACUCCAACUUUGUUAUGCAUGGUUGGAAUGAAAUGGUUUAUGAUCAGAAGAAUUGGAUUGGGCUAAACACUGGGAGUUUUUUGUUGAGGAAUGGGCAAUGGGCACUUGACAUUCUUGAUGCUUGGGCUCCAAUGGGUCCUAAAGGCGAGAUUAGGGAAGAAGCAGGGAAGGUUUUGACCCGGGAGCUUAAGAAUAGACCCGUUUUCGAAGCCGAUGAUCAGUCUGCAAUGGUAUAUUUGUUGGCUACUCAAAGGGAGAAGUGGGGUGAUAAGGUUUACUUAGAGAAUUCUUAUUAUUUGCACGGUUAUUGGGGGAUCUUGGUUGAUAGAUAUGAGGAAAUGAUUGAGAAUUAUCACCCAGGUUUAGGGGAUCAUCGUUGGCCGUUGGUGACCCACUUUGUGGGGUGCAAACCUUGUGGUAAGUUUGGGGAUUACUCGGUGGAGAGGUGCUUGAAGCAGAUGGAUAGAGCAUUCAAUUUUGGGGAUAAUCAGAUUCUUCAGAUUUAUGGGUUCACUCACAAGUCAUUGGCCAGUAGAAGGGUUAAGAGAGUUCGAAACGAGACCAGUAAUCCGCUCGAGGUGAAAGAUGAGCUUGGAUUGCUUCAUCCGGCUUUUAAAGCCGUUAAGUGAUACCUUAUUGCUCGAAUAUGUUGCUGCAUUUGUAAUUCGAUCGUUGGUGGUAGCUGGUAUACUUUCAUACUGCUAGGGUAAGCGAGUGAAACUAGGUCGCUGCAGGGAUUCCGUUCUUAGAAAGUUUAGCCGGAUGAAUAUAGUUGGGUUGAAACGAUUAUCAUUAGUCUCGGACUAGUUGCGACGAGGUGCUCUCGCUCUGUUGAAUCCACUGUUUUUUGGAUUUUUUGAAUCAUUUGUGAUAAUUGGAUUCGUUCCGAUUCUUCAGUACUAGUCUAAACAAAAUGUAAGUUUUUUCAAAAA